GUUCCUGAAACACACAUCAUCCGACGUUUAACUAGCUUCAUCAGAUGGCGCUAUCAGGAUGGAUUUGUGUGGUGACUGGUGCUUCCAGAGGAAUUGGAAGAGGUAUUGCGCUUCAGUUAUCUGAAGCUGGCGCCACUGUGUACAUCACUGGUCGACAGGAGAAAAGUCUGAAGCAGACAGCAGCAGAGGUGGCAGAGCGAGGAGGCCGGUGUCUCCCAGUGGUUUGUGACUCAUCUAAAGAGGAGGACAUCAAGGAGCUGUUCGAACGUGUUGAGCGUGAGCAAAACGGCAGGCUUGACAUCUUGGUGAACAACGCCUAUGCUGGUGUACAGGCUAUUUUGGACAAUGUCAGCAAGAAGUUCUGGGAGGUGGAUCCAGGUAUUUGGGACACCAUCAACAACACUGGACUCAGGGGUCACUACUUCUGUUCAGUUUAUGCUGCUAGGUUGAUGGUGGCUCAGGGUAAAGGUUUGAUUGUGGUCAUAUCAUCCAUGGGUGGCCUGCGCUAUCUCUUUAAUGUGCCCUAUGGUGUCGGCAAAGCUGCAUGUGACAGAAUGGCAGCAGACAUGGGAAUCGAACUGAAAAAGAGAGGCGUUGCUUCUGUAAGCCUGUGGCCAGGAGCAGUUCAGACUGAGACAAUUAAACAGUAUAUGUCUCAAGAUGAAGGACCUCCAGGUUUUGAUUCCAAAUACAAGGACGUUUUCACUAAUGGUGAGACGACGGAGCUUAGUGGACGAUGCAUAGUUGAGCUAGCGAAAGAUAAAGGUCUGAUGUCAAUGACUGGACAAGUGUUGAUGACCUGUGAACUGGCCCGGCGCUAUGGAUUUAAGGAUGUUGAUGGUCGCAGUAUUGUGGAUUACACCUCUCUGAAGUUUGCCAUUUCCCAGAUACCCUACGUGUCCUGGCUAUCCAUUUUUACUCCUUCAUUCAUCAGAGUGCCUCGGUCCUUGCUGAGUCUUGGCAGUGGUAAUUUCUAACCUGCAUUGGUGCAGAGACAGAGCCUGCUUUUUUGGUUAAUUCUCUCUUCUCUCUUCAUUCAUUCCAAUUAUGUUGUUUCUAAAUAUAAUAUAUUGUUAAACUUUACAAAGUGAUUAGUACUGGUUAAAUGCCAUUUAUUUCCCAUUUUUUCAGCACACUGCUAUCACAAUUCACUGUUUUCAAAAAUGAAAAAAACUAUCAUGCGUUUUAAUAUUUACUCCAUUUAACCUGAAACAGUAUGAAGUACUAAAUGUGUACUUGCCAAACAAGUUAUUGCAAUAAACUCAUAACAUUUUAUUGGUCUUUUUUUUUGUGUUUCAAAUAAAUCUUUUAUGUGCAUUGGUUAA